GAGAGGGACGAUGACCACCCCCGCUCUGCUGCCCCUGUCUGGGCGCAGGAUCCCCCCCCUGAACCUUGGGACCUCCUUCCCGCACCACAGGGCUACCUUGAGACUGUCCGAAAAAUUUAUCCUCCUCCUCAUUCUUAGUGCCUUCAUCACCCUCUGCUUCGGGGCGUUCUUCUUCCUCCCGGAUUCUUCCAAACACAAACGCUUUGAUCUGGGUUUGGAGGAUGUGUUAAUUCCUCACGUGGAUACCAGCAAGGGGGGCAAAAACCUUGGAGGCUACUUGAUCCAUGGACAAGGACGCGAUGAGCACAGGCACAGAGAAGAAGAGGAACGCCUGAGAAGUAAGAUCCGAGCAGACCAUGAAAAAGCUCUAGAGGAGGCAAAAGAGAAGCUGAAGAAAUCUCGCGAUGAGAUUCGAGCGGAGAUUCAAACAGAAAAGAACAAAGUAGCCCAAGAGAUGAAAAAGAAAGACAGCAAGCCACUCCCACCUGUACCAGUACCAAACCUCAUAGGGAUAAACAGUGCAGACCCAACUGAUAAGGACAUCCGAGAGAAGCGAGACAAAAUUAAAGAGAUGAUGAAGCAUGCCUGGGAUAAUUACAGGCAAUAUGGAUGGGGGCAUAACGAACUCAAACCCAUUGCCAGGAAAGGACAUUCCACCAACAUAUUUGGAAAUUCGCAAAUGGGUGCUACCAUAGUGGAUGCUUUGGAUACUCUCUAUAUCAUGGGGCUUCAUGAUGAAUUCAGAGAAGGACAAGACUGGAUUGACAAACACCUUGAUUUUAGUGUGAAUUCAGAAGUAUCUGUUUUUGAGGUCAAUAUCCGCUUCAUUGGUGGUUUACUAGCAGCAUAUUACCUGUCAGGACAGGAGGUGUUCAAGAUCAAAGCAGUGCAGCUGGCAGGAAAGCUUCUUCCGGCCUUUAACACACCCACAGGCAUUCCCUGGGCAAUGGUGAAUCUGAAAAGUGGUGUGGGUCGAAACUGGGGCUGGGCUUCUGCAGGCAGCAGUAUCCUGGCUGAAUUUGGUACUCUUCACAUGGAAUUUGUCCACCUCAGCUACCUGACUGGGGACCCUGUUUACUACAACAAGGUCAUGCACAUUCGGAAGUUACUUCAAAAAAUGGACCGUCCUAAUGGGCUUUAUCCAAAUUAUUUGAACCCAAGAACUGGGCGCUGGGGUCAACAUCACACAUCUGUGGGCGGGCUGGGAGACAGUUUUUAUGAAUACUUACUGAAAGCUUGGCUGAUGUCAGACAAAAUGGACACGGAAGCAAGGAAAAUGUAUGACGAUGCUGUUGAGGCCAUAGAAAGACAUCUUAUCAGAAAGUCUAACGGAGGGCUGACAUUCAUUGGGGAAUGGAAGAAUGGGCACCUUGAGAGAAAGAUGGGACAUCUCACCUGUUUUGCUGGGGGAAUGUUUGCACUUGGAGCAGAUGGUUCCAGAGAUGAUAAAGCUGGACAUUAUUUGCAACUUGGAGCUGAGAUUGCCCAUACAUGUCAUGAAUCAUAUGACAGAACAACAUUAAAGCUGGGUCCUGAAGCAUUCAAAUUUGAUGGUGGCCUAGAGGCAGUGGCAGUGCGGCAGAAUGAAAAAUAUUACAUUCUACGGCCUGAGGUGAUAGAGACCUAUUGGUAUAUGUGGAGAUUUACACAUGAUCCCAAGUACAGGCAGUGGGGAUGGGAAGCAGCACAGGCUAUUGAUAAGUACUGCCGAGUCAGUGGUGGAUUUUCAGGGGUCAAGGAUGUCUAUUCUUCAUCUCCUGCAUAUGACGAUGUACAACAGAGCUUUUUCCUUGCUGAAACUCUGAAGUAUUUGUAUCUGCUUUUCUCCAAUGAUGACCUCCUGCCUUUAGACAACUGGGUUUUUAACACAGAAGCUCAUCCCUUGCCUGUUUUACAUUUAGCCAACACCACACUUUCAGGAAACCCUGCUUACCGAUAAAAACAGGCCCAGGAAGAGGAGGAGAGACUGCACUCAGCUGUGUUUUGUUUACAUGGACCACUUGAGACAUUAGGCUGGAGAGGAGACAGACAUCUGGUUAAUCUAAGUUAAGACGCAGGGUGAGAAACAACCCCUGCCUUCAAAGCUCUUCAACCUGUAGAUAAGAAAACUCUGAAAUAAUUCCUUUUUAUACAUGACCAAAACAUGCUACUGGGGCAUUUGCAGGACAGAGACCUUGUGUGCUUUGAAUCUGAACGACAGAGUGGAGCCUGUUAUUAAUGAUAGAAUCCAGCAGCCAAAGGAACAACAGGCUUCCUGGCCAGAGGCUGGAGUUUGUUGCUGCUGGCCUUUGCAAGAAACUGCACACACAUCUCCUGCUCAGAUGGGGUGUAUUCCAGAGACAUUUGUUUUUUCUUUCUAUUUUGAAGAUGGCAUGAGCAAAGCAACAAUAAAAAAUCAGCGUCACUGCACCAGCAGCACCAGGAUUUGAAAUUUUUUCUGUACCUAUCUGAAUUUUCUAAUCUGCAUCAGUUUGCCCAGACUAGCAGCCAUUCCCAGUGCCUCUCAGACCUUUUCCUGCUUUUCAUUUACCCCUUCAUGACAAAGUCCAAAGACCCGUGAAGCACAAUCACACCCAGCAAACAGCUACCAAGCAUUUGUUUUUGUAAUGUAUUGGCAGCACUAUGCUAUUAGUUCACUGCACAAGGUAUAGGCACAGAACACGGAAGACACAGCUUAAUGUCCUGUUUCCCUUUAUCAUCAAUCAUGUCCUAUGGAAAGGCCACAUUCCCUUAUAUCAGUCCCUUCCACAAAGAUAACAACAAAAAUCACCCACCCUGGUUUAUAUGGCAGACUGCAUCAUGUUCACUGAGACAGUUCCUUUAGGUGAGAUGCAGUAAUUCAUAUUGUUGCAUUAUAUCUGACCAUACAAUCUGUGGUUUUCCUUUACUCUUGUGUUUAUACUUUGAACAGUGUUCAAAAUCCUGCUUUGUAAAUCUAAAGUCUUGCCUGGGGAUUUUUAGGUGUAUGGCAAGGGACCAAGUCUUCAGAUUUUGGUUGCAAAACAAGUUUUAUCUGGCCCGUGCAAAGCCAACAUGAGAUUCUUUGUGGAAACAUGGUUACGUGAGAUCAAUUACACACCAGUGGAAGAAGAAAUUCCUUUAUACCUUUGAUCUAGUUAUUAAAUAGUCAUGCCCUGACUGGACUAGACUUUGCAAGGUCUCUUCCAGUGCUACGUUCUAUGAUUUUGUCUGGACAAUACUAGCUGAAGCAACUCCCUGUUCUUAGUUUAGCUCCAACAGCUUUUCCCAUCUGUUUCCUCGUUGUGCUGUAAGGUAAGGGGAUCGUGCAUUUCUGUCUUCACUUAAAGCAUAGGGGUCCUGAAUCUUGUUUCCCAUCACUGAGAAUCUCUUCUCAUUUAUAGACUAGAAUAGAAUCCUAUACACUCCGAAAUAACUCCUGUUGACAUCAGUGGUGUUUGUUUAAAGUGAAUUUCACUUGCUGUUUUAAUUUCUAAAUAUUUCUUUCAUUUUUUUCUGCUAAGGAGGUAACUCUGUACCAUGCAUCCUGUCUUGCUGACAACUUAUUACAGAAGUGUCUUAAGUCCAUAUUGUAUGUGUAGACUGGAAUCAGAUUUUUGGUUAGGUAUUUUAAGUGUUUAUAAUCAGUUGGCAAUAAGACAACCUUCUAGAAGAUGGCUUAUUCUGUUAAACACAUACGUAGAAUGUUCACACUAUUGGCCAUUGGAUCAGCCCAUCUCAGAGCGUAGAAUAGAAUUGUAUGUCAUUUAUUUGUACAGUCCUAGAAGCCAAAUUUCCAGAUCUUGCGUUUUCUCAAAACACAACAAAAGGGCAAAGAACCCCCAUUGUGGACUAUAUUUAUUUAAAAAACUUUAAUCUUCAAAAGGCAAAUCUUGUCACCCCUGUCCUGGCACCUUGAGGGCUAAAAAGGAUUGUUCUCCUUUUUAAACUCUUCUUCACAGAGUUUAAAAUCCUUUCACCAGGGAGCCUAUCCCUUCAGCUGAGAAAGGGCUGGGUGUAGAACAUCUAGAGGUGCUUCUGCUCUCUUCACACAUUUACAAUAGUCCUGCUGUAGCUUUAUAAUCAGUUCACUGCAGAUGGAAACACUAGCACUAGACUCCCAGCCACAAAACACUUUUGUCUUUUGAAUCCUUUGACCUUUGUAAUGAUUGGAGCCUUUCUGGGCUCUCUGUACAUCAUUCCCCUCAUGUCAGCAUAAGGAGAGGUUUGGGGGUUUUCUUUGAGUUUUAAGUCCCGGAAAAAGAGCUUUCUAUAAUGAGAAAAUUACCACAAUGGGAACUCUAGGAUGGAUGGAGACAAAAGAAUGCAGCCUACAGAGCGCUACAAUGAACUCCAUGGGCACCCUCACCAUUGGUGCACAGCACUGUCCUGCAGAAAAGUAUCCUUCAAUACACAAUGGCCCAUCUUGUCCUGAGUGGCCUGGCUGCAAGCUGCCCCAGUUUGCAUGUCUCACGUAGCUUUUGGUUUUUCUAUUUUUAAUCCCCAAUUCACAGAAAAGCCUGUGGCCUUAAUGCAUAGACCAAAAGCCAUGCCUGGAAAAGACAAGGGUAGAAGCACUGACUCCCAUGGUGAGAGUCUGAUCUUAAUGCUAAGUUUUACUAUAUUCCACUUUGAUAUUAAAGAUUUAAAAACUAUCCCCUUGUCAUCUGUUGGUGGACUCUAGGAACAAAUGUUAUCUGGAUGAUUGUUGCCAGACUGCAACUUUGAGAGAGAAUUUAGAAAACACUCAAAUUCAAGAGUUUUUACCUUAAUACUAAUUACUCAAUAAACUUGAAAAAAGUCAUAUGUAUAUAGGAAAUAAUUUUGAUUCAAGUAAUUGUUUACUUCAAAUUAAAAUAAAUUGAUUCUUUUUACUACUGCCAUAAAAUGUAAUUUUCUAAUUAGAAAUUAAUGACUGAUUGAAGAACUAAUGCUUUUCCAUUUUAACAUUCAAAUAUUUUGUAGUUUAAAUUGAUUUUUUUUCAUCCCAGUUUGAAUCUGCCCUUCAUUGCCUCCAUGUUUUUGUCUCUCUGUCGGAGUGGGACUGAGGAAAAACAGGGAGACUUUUGUAACAGGCUCUAUUCCAGCCCAGCCAUAUUCCAGCCAUGGGAAGCACAGAAGGACUGCCAGACUCGUCAGAGAAAGGUCAAGGACAGAAUUCUAGAGUCCCAAAAAUAGAAACACCAAACCUCUCACUGAUGUUUACUCUUUUCCCACCCGCUAGUUUCAUUUCCCACUGGUUUGAUUUACAGAACCACCAUUCAAAUUAAUUGCCUGUGUGAGUCUCACAGGGGCUAAUUCACUGCACACUGCCACAAGAAGUAUUUGAAUUUAGGUCCUGAGCCACUUCAUAGUAAGGAGAUUAUAAUUUUCUCUAGGCAGAUGUACAAUACUACCUUUUCUCCUGUGUCUAAACAUGUCACAAGUUCCAGAUUAAGGAUAUUUCCUUCCUGUUAAAUAGUUAUCACAGCAUCUGCUAGUUUUGACUAUAUUCGAGUUUAGAAUGCAAUUGCUCGUCUCUCUUAUAGCUAUGAAGGUGCUGCCUGCUUCUAGAGAAAUAUGUUUUGUGAACUAAUUGUUGUACUCUUCAUGCAUUGCAGCAUUCUGGGAUGCUCCCACAGCAUAAUGAAUUUGGCUGCUGUGAAUUUUGAGCAGAUGUCCAUAACAGUCUGACAUAGGUGCUGAAGCAUCCAUCUUGUUUUCCUGACUUUAGGCAGUACGGCUGUUCCUCAGUGUGGGUAUGUCUACAUUGCCUCAUUGGAAGAGGAGUAACAGUAGUUCAAAUUAAGAGCUUUAAUUCGAACUACCUAGUCCGUGCCGCGUGUCACCGCGAGCAGGGAGUUCGAACUACGGGGCAUUUAAAAAUGGCGGCGCCCGGGAACAUGCAAAUAAAGCCUGGGAUAUUUAAAUCCCGGGCUUCAUUUGCAAGUUCAAAUGCCUACAUUAGCCACCCUAGUUUGAACUAGGGUGGCAAUGUAGACAUACCCUUCUUUUCAGACCUAGGAUACUGACCUGCAGCAUGGAGUUAGCUGCAAGCAAGAGCUCAGACUCUGUUUUCUCUUGGGUACACAUGACACACUAGCACACUGUCACUUUCAUUAUAUUGCUACUGUUUUAUGGACUUUUUGGAAGGUAGAGAGAUUUAUUUUUUUUUUAACAGAGUGACAUUUUGUGUUAGCAGUCUCCAGAUCUUGGGCUAUAUCUUCUCACAACACAGACUCAUAGUUCUAGCUUUCAUUCAGAUAGCUGCUGUCUUGGGUGGCAAUGUCUACAGUCAUGUGUGUUCUUAUAGGAAGAAACAGGAAUGGAAAACAAAGUGUGCGCUUGUGGCAAAAUGCCCUUGUGAAAAAGCCUGGAGACUCCCCAAAUGGCCUGUUUUUUGUAUUUUAGCACUCAUUGAAAUGAAGGGAGCAGUCAUGAUUUUCCUGACCAGUGUAGACAGAUUUUUCUCCUAAUAGUUGUGUU